AUGGAGGUGCCGCGGUGGCACCACCGUGAGGGCGGGGAUGGCGGCGGCGGCAGCCGCGGCGGCGGAGAGAGGGAUCGGAUGGCACAGUGGAGCUUCGAGGAGACGAGGGAGCUCCUGGCCUCGCGGGCGGAGCUGGACCGGAGCUUCGUUGAGACCAAGCGGAAUAAGCACCUCUGGGCCGCCGUCUCCUCCCGCAUGGAGGAGAGAGGAUUCCGGCGUACCCCCGACCAGUGCAAGUGCAAGUGGAAGAACCUCAUCACCAGAUACAAGGUCAGAUAUCUCAUCCCCCCCCCUCCCUUCUCUCUCUCUUUCUCUAUCUAUCUAUCUAUCUAUCUAUAUCUCUCUCGUGCUUCUUGUUGGUCUUGAAUUUAUCAUCUGGGUGUGGGUUGAAGGGGAGAGAGGCGACGGAGGGCGACGCGGACCGGCAGUUCCCGUUCUACGACGACAUGAAGAGGAUUUUCUCCGCGAGGGUGGAGAAUCUGACGACGGAGAACUGGGCUGAGACCUGCCGCGGGGACGAGCAGGAGAUCCGGAAGAAGAGAAAGGACGGCGGCGCCGCCGCUGCCGGCAGCAGCGGCGGUGGCGGCAGCAGCAGCAGCAAGCAGGUGAAAAUUGCGCUGAUGGAGUUGAUGAUAUGGCAGAGUCAGGCGGAGGCGAUGCGGAUGGGAGCCUCCGAGGAGAGGGAGGCUGAGAGGAGGGAGAAGGAGAUGGAGUGCAGAAUGGCUAUGGAGUCGCUGGCGGUGGAGAAGGCCGUGGUGGACCAGGGAUGGCGGCAACGGGAGGAGGAGAGGUGGGUGAGGGAGGAGACGAGAGCACGGCGGUGGGAUGGUCUGGUUUCUGCACUCUUGGAAAGGCUCGGCCGGAGAGGAUCGUAG